AAAAACGUGGACAGUUUGUUGAUUUUCAGUGAUUUAUAUGUUUUAUUAUUAAAUAUUUACUUAAUAAUUUAUAAUCAUGACUUCAUGCACUGAUCCAUUAAAGCUUAAUGAUUGCAAAUUAUUUAAAGAAUUAAAAAAUUGCUUACCCAAAAGUGAGAAAGAAACUCAAAAUAUUUUGGAAAUACGUGAUGAUAUUUUAUAUAUUUGGAAUGCUUAUAAAUGUUGUAUUCAUACAUUAAAUCUUGCAUUGAUAGAUGAAAAUACUGAUGUAUCUACGAUCUCCUAUCAGACACUACAACCGACCGAUCCGCCAAUUUUUGAAAUUACAAAUUUAUUAAUUAAUGAAACAGCAACACAGUUAGUUUUGUGGGGCAAUCUUGGGAUAGGAAUAGUUGAAUUACCACGACGUUGGGGCCGAGAUAAUUUAUUCCAAGGUGGCAAAAGCAGUAUUUCGUGCUUAAAUCACAUUCUCAAUGGUAUUAAUGCUCAAUUAUCAUCAUCAUUUGGUGUAAAACGUGCACGAUGGCAUCCAGGAUCUCCAAAUGAUUCUCAUUUACUUGUUUUAACAUCAGAUAAUUCAUUUCAAUUGUAUGAAUGUUCAAUCGGUCAUGUUCCAAAGUUGAUGAAACACUGGAAAGUGGGAGUAACUCCAGUGUUUUCACCGACCAAAAAAAUUUCAACAAUCGAAUCGUUGGGUGAAACUGCAGUUGAUUUUGAUUUUGUUACACCAACAAUAAAAAACACUAGUCUAAAUGAUACUAAAGAUUCCCACAAUUGGAAUGAAAUUGAAUGGCCCAUAUUGGUACUUAGAGGUGAUGGAAACGUGCUUCUUGUACAUGGAAAUAUUUUAUCCAACUUAUGUCCAAAACCAGUAGUAUUUGGUUCACUAUCAAUUUUUCCAGCAAUGUUUGAUAAUUAUGGAAUAGAUGCCUGUUCGAUAAUGUGUCUACAAACAAUUCCACCAGUUGUUGUCAUUGCUACAUGUACGGGAAAAAUUUAUCAUGCCAUUCUAUUACGAGAAAAUUUUAUUAAUGAUGAUACUCAAGACGCUAUAGAUAGAUACUUUGAUAAUUAUGAUAAUAAAAAAAUGGUAAAAGAAAGAACGUGGUCAGAAUAUGGAUCAAAUUAUAGUCUUCAUACUCCUGACGAUGGCUUAUUUGUUUUUGAACAAUUAGAAAUGGAAUUAGGAUUAUUAUUCGAUGAUGAAGAUAAAAAAUAUAAUUGCAUAAUAAAUUUGCACAGAGAUCGUAGCAAUAAAUCACGUUAUUUUUGUUCACAUAAUGCUGGAAUUCAUAUGAUAACACUUCCAGUUUUAUCACAAUUACAAGAAUAUUUGAAUUGCAGCGAAGAUAAUAUUGACUUGUAUUUACCAGAAACCUUUCACACAUCCAAAUCUCAAUAUUUAUUAUGUACUCGUACAAAACACACAACAAUGGAUGAAGCAACUUCAAUUUUUGGUUUUGGAUUAUUUCAACAAACAUGGCCUAUUUUAAUAGCACUAUUACAUACUGGAGUAGUUGUAGACAUUUCAGUAAUUGAUUUAGAUUAUUUACCUCAAGUAGAAACUCCUGAACCGAUGAUGAAUCUUCAUAAAAAUGUUACACGAGAAUCCUUUGAAACUUAUAUAAAAAAUAUCCUGAAACAUGAAUCAACGUCUUUGCCAAUAACAAAAUUGAGUGUCGAAUCGAACUUAUCUGGAAAAGAGUGCACCGAAUUACUUGAUCGAGCAACAAAUAUUUUCCGGAAACAUCAUUUUACUAAGCAUGAUAAAAUUCGUAGUGAAAUUGGCAGAAAAGUACGUGCUCUGAAAGCUUUAAAAAAUCAUCAACUAAAAGAAUUGGAUUCAUUGAUUCAAACUAAAAAAGAAUUACAUGAUAAAGCCCAACAUUUAGCUGAACGCUAUGAAGAUAUCAAAGAAAUUCAAGAACAUUUAGCCAAACGUGCUCGAGAUCUAUUAAGACUUGUCAAUCACAAAGAACUGACUUCUUCAGAACGAGCUGAUGCUGUAGAACUAAGAGACUUAAAUAACAAAGUUGACGAAUUCAAAAUGAAGUUUGACAGAUUGAAAAUUAAAAUUGAAAAUCCAAGUGUCAAAAAAGAAUUAUUCAAAGAUUCAAAUAAAAAAGAAAAUAUUUUAAAUAGCAAACAAGAGGAAGCUAUAAAAAUGAACAUUGCACAAAUGGGUAAAAAUAUUGCUAAUAUGGUUACUGAUAUUAAAACGUUUGAAGAAGAAUUUGGAAUAUAGAAAAUUAAAACAUUCCUCGGCUUUCUACAAUAAUCAUUUUUUUAAUACAAA